GUCAUUAAAACACAAGAUCACACAUACGCGCGUUAUACAUCACCAGACUGAUCACUGGGAGAAGAUGCCUUAUUCAGAAGCAAGAGCAACAUGUCAGAGCAGCAUAUGGAUGACACAGCAGCUCUUACACUGAAAAACCUCCAACAUACGACGGGAUGCAGUCGAGGUGUUACCAUAAAUCCGCUGGCCUGGGCCAAGACAGACCUGACCUCCAUGACCUGCAGAUGAAGGUCGACUUCUUUCGUAAGCUGGGCUACUCUCCACAAGAGGUGAAGGCCGCCCUGAGGAAGCUCGGCCUGGGGACGGACACCAACGCGGUGCUGGGGGAGCUGGUGCGUUCAGGGGCCAAGGCCGUGCCCUCCUCUAGCUCAGACAGUGAUGAUGGUGGGUUCAGUUUGCCCCAUCAGGGAGGAAGCUCAUCUAGGGGACAGGACUCAAUGAUGGAGGACACCUCUGAACCCGAAAGUGACCUGAAACCUAUUGUUAUUGAUGGCAGCAACGUGGCCAUGAGUCAUGGGAACAAGGAAGUGUUUUCCUGCCGUGGGAUUGAGCUGGCAGUUAAUUACUUCCUUGACCGAGGACACAGAAAUAUCACUGUGUUUGUGCCUUCCUGGAGAAAAGAGCAGCCCAGACCUGAUGUACCUAUUUCAGAUCAGCAUAUUUUGGAAGAGCUGGAAAGGAAGAAGAUUCUUGUAUUUACACCUUCACGAAGGGUCGGAGGAAAGCGUGUGGUCUGCUAUGACGAUCGGUUUAUUGUCAAAUUAGCUCACGAUCUGGAUGGCAUUAUAGUGUCGAACGACACAUAUCGUGACCUGCAAAGCGAACGUCCAGAGUGGAAACGUUGCAUUGAGGAGAGAUUGCUUAUGUACUCCUUUGUUAAUGACAAGUUUAUGCCACCUGAUGACCCUCUCGGUCGUCAUGGACCCAAUUUAGAUAAUUUUCUUCGGAAAAAGGUGAUGUUGCUUGACCACAAGCGACAACUCUGUCCAUAUGGAAAAAAAUGCACAUAUGGGAUCAAGUGUAAGUUCUACCACCCAGAGCGCACAAGCCAGUCACAGCGUUCUCUAGCCGAUGAGCUUCGAGAGAAUGCCAGACGGUCUGGUUCAAAAGAGGACAGCAGAGUAACUGGGCCACUAAGAGGCAUGUACCCAAGAAAUGACCCUGGUUUUGGGUCCUGCUCACCCUCCUUGGAGCAAGAACUGGAACAAAAGCUCAACUUGGAUCCCAAGAGCUCUGACGGCAGGGAUGUUAUGCUCCAGUACUGGGAUGACAUUUUGUCCACAAAAAAGCCCUUAUAUACAGCCACAGUGGGACAACGCAGUGCUUUGGCAGACAGAACCAGUCUGCUAGCACCUUACCCAACAAACCCUUCGUCCAUUUUCAGUUCUGACUCAGGGCUUGGAUCCUACCAAAGCCAGUUUUCAGAUCCAUCCCAGAGCAUUGAGUUGCAUAGGAUGAGAUCCAAUCAUUCACCAAUGUCUGGUAACCCUGGUGUACCUGCAGGUGGCCAAUGCUACUAUGACAACAUGAGUCCUUUCUCCAACCAUCAGCCCAAAUUUGGUGCCUGCGGCUCCCUACCUUUGCCUAACCCUGUCCAGCAUUACAGUCUUCCUGCUUACGGUGCCUGGUCUUACCCUUUCUUCUUACCACAGGCAACCAGUUUACCUGAACCUAUACCCUGUCCUAGCUCGCACAUGUCUCCCGGUGUCUAUGGAAGCCAGAAGCACUCAGGCAUGCCACAGUCCAAUGCUUUCCAGGAAGAAAGAGAGGAGGUCAGGAAAAAGCUUCAUGCGAUUUUUAACCCGCAUCAUGUAAACAAAGUUAUGGAAAUGUUCCCGCAGCUGAAAGAUGCGCAGCAGUUGGCAGCAGAGGUUCUCAAACUCAAGUCCAGGGGAGAGUUCUUCUGAUUCACUGAAACUUUGGGAUCAUAAAAAAAAGAGACAGCAUGCCAAGUUUCUCGAAAGAAAUAGUCUCUACACUCUCAGAAAAAAUGUGCAAAAAUUGUACCUUUUUAGGGGUACUUUUUUACCCUUAACAAGUUUGUAGUAGUAAAGGUACCUAUUACUACUCUAAGGUACUAGUAUACACCUUUUAGGGGGAGAUAAGAUACAAACUUGUCAAUUUAGUGGUAUAACAGCUUGUCAUUGGGGCACUCCCCAAACUUUGUACCUUUUUUACCCUUAAAAUUUCAUAGUAGUACUUUAAAGGUACCCAUUACUACUCUUAAGGUAUUAAUGUGCACUUUUUAGGGGUAGAUAAGAUACAAACAUAUCCCUGUAUGGGUACAACAGCUUGUCACUGGGGUGAUCCCUGAGCUUUGUACCUUUUUACCCCUAAAUAUUCAUAGUAGUACUUUAAAGGUACCCAUUACAUCUCUAGUAAUAUGCACCUUUUAGGGGUAGAUAAUGUACAAACUUGGCCCUUUAGGGGUACAACAGCUUG